AUGAUGCGCAAAAGGAAACACGUGAAGGAGGAGGCUCCAGAGGACGAGUUUGAAGCUCCACCAGUUCUAGAGCCUGAGGCUACUAAUGAAGAACCAUCUAGGAGUAACACUUUUGUAAGUUCUUUUGUUAUUUUUUUAUUUUAGGUAUACAUUUAAGACUGUUGAAGUUUGGAAAGUCAGUUUUUGCUUGUAUGGUUUAUAUCAGAAGUUUUGAGCGACACGAACUCUAUUUCAGUUCUUCUAAACAAUAUAAACUUUUAUAGGAACAGUUUUUAAUAUCUGUCGAUAAAGACUUGUUUUAUACUCAAAUAAUUUUUUUUAGAAUCAAGUAGAAUUUCAAACGUUUGAAGAAGGACAAUAUCAAACAGUGCCCGAAGGACAAUUUGCGGCUCCAAACGAGAUUGAAUUUAAUUUUGUUGAUAAUGAGAAUGUACAGUGUGGAAUUUGUGGGGAGAUCGUUGCUUUUAAGACGCUUUUUAAUGAUCAUAUAACCAAUAGGCAUCCGGAAUACAGUGGGUACACGCUAGAGGACGAUGGAUACGUAAGUUUGAUUUUGUUUUUUUUUGGUAGCUUAGGUAACAACAUUUGAUCUUUAAUAAAGUUUAAGGCCUUCCGAAGGUUAUGAAAAUAAAGAGUUUCCUUUAGAUACCUUAUCAAGCCUAUCAGAAGCCUUUUAUCGAACCCGGCAGAUAUGAUCCUCGAGUAUCGAACAAGAUGUCGCUACCUCCACAUUUUAACAAUGAUCCCACAAGACCUAUAAGGUCAACGAGAGCUUUAAGGAAGGUGUCACAGAUCAGAGUGAAUAUAAACGAAAUGGACCUGGACAAGUUGGAGGAUUGUUUGAACAAAAAAAUGGUUGAAAAAAUGGGAAGAAAGGUGCCGGUUACUCUGGUCGAUAAACAACAUGCUCGAUGUGGACUUUGUAACGCUGUGAGUUUUGUUGUGCUUGUUUUAUAUUACUCAUCUUGGUUUAAAAAGGAUGCAAGUCUUUUGUUAAGGGCAUCGAAAACGAUUUUAAAGAUUUUUUACACAAUAAUAUUACCUUUUUGUCAUUUUCAGGUAGUGUCACUGAACAAAAAGUUUGAAAUCGUACACCUUGUUCGCCAUUUCAAUGCCUGGCAUCCUUCAGCUCACAAGUGUUCAGGUCAUUGGAUGCAAAGAAUUCAGGAAACUGAUCCAUACGAACUUCAAAUGAAGCCACUAGGUUUAGAAGAUUUCGCAGUAAUUGAUUUGAAUGCUGGAGCAGCUGACAAUCUACAGUGUAUAUGGUGUGGCAUGUUCAUGGAUGUAGAUUCAUUGGCCAUGCACUUCCACGAGAUUCAUCCUGAAGAAGUUGAGGUGCCCAAGUGUAGAUUGUGUUUGCAGGUGAGUAGUGACUGGUUUUAAGAAAGAAUCAUCUAUGAGUAACGCUAUUCAAUGUUUAUUUAAAUUUUUAUUAUUAUAUUUUUUGACGUCAAUUUAAUUUGUUGAAUUUGAGUAAUGAUUUUAAAUUGUUUUAGGAACUAGUGACAAAUGCUCGAUUUAAAGAAAAGUUUGGUGAAUUAAUGGAUAUCAGACUACCAGAUGAACAUCACUAUAAGUGCAGAAGGUUUGAAGUUACUACAAGUUCAGAAGCUGGGUUGGACAGAGGUAAGCUCAAUUUUUGAUGGUUAUAUUUUCUGAGUCAUAAAACAGUGUCAUAGCAUAUUUUACUCAAUUUUGAAAAAAAAGUAUUUUGAUAUUGUAGUAGAUAAAUAGAAGAUAUUGCUUUAAUAUUACAGUAAACUUACUUUUCAGCCCUAAAACGUCAUAUGAAGAAGUCGAACAACGACCAAGGAACAACACCAGCCAGAGAAUCAGAUGACGAAACAGUUCAAGAUGAAGAGCAAGCAGCCGGACCUGAACCCUUCAGCAACUCCAGAAUGUCAUUUGGCAAGAGGAACAAGCCCAAACGACAGUUUAUUAUGCCAUCGCUAAGACAGGCAGACCCAGUCAACAGCAAGUUUGUCCAACCCAUCUCAGACUGUCAUUGGAAGUGCAAGUUGUGUGGCAUGGACAUCCUGGCAGCAGUCAUAUCAGCUGGUGCUAUCAAGCAUUAUCGCCAGUACCAUUCUCUACAGUUGGAUCCAAUGCAAUCGGAGUUGUGUAAAGCAAGAUUGGAGAAGAUAUCAGAUGGAUGUAUGGAGUUUGUCAACUCGGAAGAGAUCGAAUGUCUCAUUUGUGGUAUGACAUACCCACUACAUCGACCCUACAAUAUGUGUAGAGCCAUCAGGCAUCUGAAGUUGAAGCAUCCAGAACAAAUGCCAGAAUAUAAUGCUAGUUUCAUCGAUGAAACCAAUCCGGUGAGUUGUAUGUAUAUUGUAGUAGGUGGGGUUUUUUGUAGGAUGAGAGGAUAAAUGAUAAAUAAUAUUUUUAUUUCGUGUCAAAUUUAGCCCUAGGGUGAUUGUGCUUUAUCUUUAUUUUUAAAUCAAGGUUUACAUUACAUUUUAAAUUAACUCUCACAGUCUUUUUACGAGUAAUAUUCCUGUUUUUAGGAGCUACAAGCCGAAGACUCGAUGGAAGAAGAAGGCAUCGAAAACGGCCUCAACGAUGGACCAGUACCUCUACAACCACAGACUUUAAGACCGAAUGAAAGACGGCAAUUGGCAGUCGAACGGAGUCGACAAGACGACCCUCCACAGAUCCUGGAGGAAAAUUAA